UGCUCAGGACACUUGUAGUUCCGACGUCUGACACUAGGAUGCGCACUUUGUCCAAUAUUCAAAAAGGUCUACUGUCUAUUUGUGGAUGAUUAUAAAUUGAAUUCCCUGCAAAAUCAUAUAAGAAAAAAAAUGAAUACAUUAUUGUACUUCAUAACCCUUUAACCCAAUUCUCAACCGGCUGGUAGAGCAUGUUUUGACAAUGGAUUUUGAAGUGGAUAUGAACAGAAUAUUCAUUUGUACUUGAUUGGUCAACUCCCCCAUCCCUCCUGCAUCAAUUUACAUUAUUUGUAUCAUUUUAGGUUGCUGCAGUUAGAUGUUGUGGCGCUUUACCCAUUUAGAGGGCUGUAAGAAACUCCAAAUCAAUCACCAAAAAUAUGGGAUUAAAGACAGGAAUUCCGUUUGUGAGGGAUACAUAUUGCACCAUUUGUGUUACUAGAGACUGUGAAGACUAGGAAUAUGAAAGUAAAUAGUUAAAAUGCAAAAAAAGGCUAAAAAGCAAAGGUUUUGUAGAACUGUGCUCAACCAGGCAGUUAAUAUGAACGACAACAAAAAAGUAUGGUGGUCUCAGACUAGGGUAUGUCAUUUUUCUUUAUUAUCUAAUACAUAUUUGGAUUAAAAAUAUGAUAGAAUUUUUGACACACUAUAUUAGACAACAUAAAUUGGUUAAAACACAUCAUUAAUUUUUGUAAAUUUGUUGAGAUGAGUAAAAAUGCUAUGCAAAUUGCCAUUCUAAUAUGGCAUUGCUGGUAUGACCCUCUAUUGACUUCUCAACCGCCUGUUAUCAAGUAAAACAUAACUAGUUGUUAGCCAUAGGAAUUUAAGGUGAAAUAAUUUUUCCCAAACGUUUUUCAAGAAGAGGAUACGAAUUGUCCGUUUUUUUAUAUAUUUUAUUUUUUAUAAAAAAUAAAGGGAUAACAAUAGUCCGUUUUGAAAAUACACAACUGCAAAUAAUUUAUUGUAUUUUUGAUUCGUUGCACAAUAGAUUUCCCUGUAAACUUUAUUCUUGUAAUUUCCUUAUCUUUGCAUUAUUAUCUUAAUUCUUUCAAAAAAAAUAUCACAUCAAAUAUUUGUGAAGUAGCUCCCAUCUCAAAACAGCAUGCAAUAUAAGAACUCAACCAACCACCCAACGUUCUUUGUCAGACGGUAUCAGGGAUGGGCAACUUUGAUGGGGUUCAGGGGGCCACAAAAAAAUAAUAUAUAUUCUUUGCCAACCAUCUCACAAUUUCCAAGGAACCAAAUGCGCUGGCUGGGGAGUCAGAUGGUCAUUGUUUCAUCUCAGCUUGGCGUCAGUUCACACCUGUCUUGAUCUGCGUUUAGCGGGGGCGGGGCUAUGCAAAUCACAACCUGUCUGAGCGGAAAAGUCCCCUCAAAACCAAGUCGCAUCACACCGUCAUUCACAAACCAUCAAAGUAACGAUAGAGGAGACACUCCGGUCCAGGAUCAUACAGAAACCAAAACUGUUCUAGAGAAUCGCACAUCGAAAUAAGACUGAUCACUUCUGCACUGGGAAGUUACUAUUCUUCAAUUUGAGUUGUUGGACAUGCCACCUCAAAUGGAUUAUUAUUGUGAAGAAUCCCGCGUUCCCUCUUCAUGCGGACUGAUGAGCCAAGAGGCCGGGUUGGAGAGGGAGCCAGCGCCCGGGUUGGAGAGGGAGCCCGCGGCUAUCAGCUGUAUGCUGGUGGGGGACGGGGCUGUGGGCAAGACAAGCAUGAUAGUCAGUUACACCACAAAUGGAUACCCCACGGAGUACAAACAGACCGGCUUUGAUGUCUUUUCUGGUCAAGUCCAAGUAGAAGGAGCCCCAGUCAAAAUACAACUAUUGGACACAGCUGGACAGGAGGUGUUUGAUGAUUUCCGCUCCCUCUCCUACUCCCACACGGACGUCUUCCUGCUCUGCUUCAGUGUGGUCAACCCCACCUCCUUCCGCAAUGUCACCAACAAGUGGAUCCCCGAGAUCCGAGCCUGCAACCCCUCAGCUCCCAUCGUCCUCGUGGGCACCCAGUCAGACCUCCUGCUGGACGUCAACGUCCUGAUCAACCUGGACCACUACGGGGUCAAACCGGUGCUGACCCCUCGGGCACAGAGCAUGGCGGAUAAGAUCAGAGCGGUGGACUAUGUCGAGUGUUCUUCGUUGACGCAGAAGAACUUAAAAGAGGCGUUCGACGCGGCCAUAUUUGCUGCCAUCAAACACAAGGCCAGGAAGGAGAAGAAGAGGCGGAUGUCAGAAAGACACAGCAAGGCCUUCUCUAAAUGCAGCUGGAAGAAGUUCUUCUGUUUUAUCUGAGAUACAGACCCCAUUGGUCAUGGACAGAAAGACUAUUAUUUAUUCACUUAUGAAGACUUUGUAAGAACGAUGUAACUUUAGAAUAAACCAGCGGUGGUGAAUGGACUGAGCUCUAUGGACCUAUAAAAGUGCUUAGUUCUCUCCUGGUCUGGAGAUGGUGGUAUAGAUACUGAGGCUCACUUAGCCAAAUGUCUGUGGUUGGGUGUCUAGGCUGCUCUGAGCAGGCUCUCUCUCUCUCUCCUUAUCUCUUUCUCUGUGGAUUGAGUUGCUUUGAUUAGUGAUUUACAUUGAUUACAACAAAACCAGGGCACAUUAGCAUGCCUGAUUGUUCAGGUUGACAGAUAGUCACUAUCCAAAAGUACAGUAUCUGUCAAGUAGGCCUACAUGGUUGAGGUAACCAAGUAAGAAGCGAAAGAAUAGAGAGAAUAUUAAAACCAUGUACAUAAACAAGCAUCCUGUCAGUGGGACAAGGCCAUCAUGUAAAUGUUCUGAACUAAUUUGCAUGGUCCGGAUUGGUGCCCAUUCCAUCCUGAGAUUUUACUGCGUUGACUCUGUGUGGUAGUACCGUGUAGCUCAGUCGGUAGAGCGUGGCGCUUGUACUGUCAGGGUUGUGGGUUCGAUUCCCACGGGGGACCAGUAUGGGGGGGGGGGAUACUCUGGAUAAGAGUGUCUGCUAAACGACCCUAAAUAGUCAGAACAUGAGUGGGUUGAGAGAGAGAGAGAGAAACACAUGGUUGUUAGCCUUUUCUCCUUUGUGUUCUGUGCUGCCGAGCCACACAGACCUAUUCAUAUGCAACACUGUAUGUAGGCUGAAGUAGGUGCUAACGUCUUACCUGUGUGUGAACUGGGAAUGACUCACAGGCCUAUGUGUUGAUUAUAGUAUUAGGCUUUGAUGUAAUGAGCGGUCAGUAUCAACACUAGCCUGUGACAAGGUGUAGAGUAGUAAGGAGACUUACCCUGCCCCAGGCCCCAGCCCCCAGCAGAAACCCAGCCCAGCCACCCCAGGGAUUGACACUCCUGUCUCUGGGACCUCAUUUGCUUCUUCAUUCAUUUGUUUACACUAGACACCCCAGCCAGUAAAAGAAAAAAGCCCAGCCCAGCCCCCCUCCAGUGAAUGAAACACUCCUGUCUGUCUCUGAUUCUCUGUUAGUUGACGCUGACCACACUAUCGUGUCUAUCUCCAGACGAAUCAGCCUGCCCAAUCUACAGGAUACAAUGUGUACAUUAUAGGAGGCUAAGUAGCUCCUGCUUGAAUGUUAACGCUCACUUUAAAUAGCUUGCCCGUCUGGUUCUGUGUUGUUUUGUAAAGUGAUGUUAUUACCAGACCGAUGGUUGGUGGCAGUCAGUCCUAGCUGGUUUAUAGAUAUGAGGGUUGGUACCCAGGCUAGAUGAGGGUUUGGUACCCAGGCUAGAUGAGGGUUGGCACACAGGCUAGAUGAGGGUUGGUACUCAGGCUAGAUGAGGGUUGGUACCCAGGCUAGAUGAGGGUUGGUACUCAGGCUAUAUGCUUUUUAUACUUCUUGUGGAAGAGUGAAUGUAAAUUUGAAAUAUAUUUCUGUUUGUUUAAAACAGUUCAUCCAACUUUUUUUUUUGUCUGCAAUUUUACAGAUCUGUGAAAAAGUUUAAUUUUUUUGUGAAAUUGUAUAUUUUUUGUCACUAAAAUCUCCAACCAAACCCUCUGUCACUAGUGUCUACAUAUUUUCAUGCUGUUUUUGAAUGAAGUGAUGGAAAUAAAUUCUGGAGAA